UGGGCGCUUUUUUUACGGUAAACAUUUGCGUCGCUUGGAGAAAGCCAGUACCUGCUUAAAUACAAUGGGAAUAGAGGAUGAAACGGACCGGACGCUCUUCAUAAGGAAUUUAGAUUCAAGAGUCACGGAGGAGCUUUUGUUCGAGCUGUUUUUACAGGCAGGACCUCUCGUCAAAACUAAAAUCCCAAAAGACGCUGAUGGGAAACAGAAAACAUUUGGUUUUGCCGUUUACAAGCAUGAAGUGUCUGUGCCAUACGCUAUGCACCUACUGAACGGGAUGUCGCUGUUCGGCAGAACCCUCCAUGUGCAGUUCAGAUCAGGUAGCAGCCAUAGCAGCAGUCCAGGGAACUCGCAGAAUUCAAGUCCUGCAAAUACCCCUAAUCCCCAUGGCCAGAGGACCCCGAUUCAGUUCAGUUCUCCACCUUACACUCCUCCUCCCCAAAUGCAGAGAUCCAUUUCAUCUCCUGAUAAUCUGCAGAAGCAUGUCAUGAUGAACAACAUGAUGUUGCAGCUCCACAUGCAGCAGCUUGAGCAGUUGACUGACUUCUCCAAGCAGAGGCAGCUGUCCGCAGGGGGAAAUUCUGGCGGAGGUGGCUCAAGGCAAUACGACAACACCCCCUAUCGGCAUCAGCCGUCCCAGAUGAACAGCAGCGGCAGAAGUCAGCGCUACGACGAACCCAGUUCCGGCCACCAUCAGCAACACGGCCAAAGCCGGAACAACUACCAGAACGACAGAAGCAGCAACCGUCACCAUGACGGCAGAGGCGGCAACAGACAUUACGACGACAGGAGUAGCAGUAACCGUGGCUACCAAGAUAGACGAUGGAGACGGUACUGAGGCUCUCUGUGAAGACUUCUGUUUUUUUUUUUGGGAGGGUUUUUUUUACAGAUUUAUGGACAGUUCAUAAAAGAAGAUCAUGAGUUAUGUUGACAAAGUUCACAUGUGUACUCAGGUUGUUUGUACAUGAUCCUACCAGUGUGAUGAUUGAGUAAUUUAUGCCUUAGAGCCAUCUUUGUUUACUUUUUAAGGCGUUUUUAAAUUUGUACACUACUCUGGUGUGAGCUUUUUCUCACAACUAUUAUAAAUAUUUUGGUGGGGGGGGUAAAUGUACUGUCAGAAGAGUAAGGACAACCAUGAGAUGUAACUACUAGUAACUUUUGAGGGGAAAAAAAUGUAUUUAAAAAAAAAAGAAAAGAAAGAAAAGUUUAAGGAUAUUGGCCAGGUUUUUAUGUUAUGCAAAUCUUUAAAUGGUGCUGCCAGAAUUUUAAACUCUUGAGGUAUUUUGCAAAAAAAACCCCAAAACAAAAAAUGUUCAGCAAACAGUUUCACCAGCACCACUUUUUCUGCAAUAUGGCACCACCCUUUCUUAUUCUUAGAUCAGCUGACCUUGUUCUUACUAAAAGUGGACUUUAUUUUAUUUUAUUUUUUAAAAUUCUUAAUUUGUAAGACAAACUGGUAAUGUUUUAAAAAUCAACAUUUUCAUGAUUAUAAAAUCUCUUUUGAUUU